AUGGAUUUUAAAUCAAAGGCCACCGUUAGCUAUACCUUAUUCUUGUAUCGUGAAGAAUUGCGCCGUACACAGUCUCGCUUUAUGCGUUUGAAUCGUACGAAAAUUUCUCUAACCGAUAAAUUAAUAACGAAAAGUGUGCGUAAUUUGGAAAUAUGUUCAAUUGAAGAUUUACAUGCCAUCAAUCGUGAAAUUUUAUUCAAAAAGAAAUUAAAAUAUCAAAUGCAACGCAGCAAAGAAUUGGAGAAAUUGGGUUUGAAAAACGCCAAUCCCGAUAAAAUACCCUCAACGGAUUUGUGA